AUGGCCUCCGAAACAUUUACAACAGAGGCCAAGUGCCCAACGCAUCUGCCUCGAUCGAUCCCCUUUUGGCGACUAGUCACCCAGCCGGGUGCUAUCACUCAAGAGGUUUUUGACCAUCACUAUGAUGGUUCAGGAACAGACGACGACCCAUACGUGGUGCAAUGGAUGCCAAAGGACUUUCGCAAUCCGCUCCAGUUGAGCACCCGGAUGAAAUGGGGCAUCACUAUGGUAGCUGCCAUGGAAACCCUCGUGGUUGCUCUGGUCUCUUCCGCCUAUACUGGCGGUAUCGUGCAGAUUGAGGAGCAAUUCAAAAUCACCACCGAGGUGGCCACCCUUGGAGUCUCCCUAUAUGUGCUGGGCUUCGCACUGGGUCCUCUUCUAUGGGCUCCCAUGAGUGAACUAUUUGGUCGUCAGGUGGUUUUUAUCGGUACCUAUUGCGGCUUGACCAUCUUCUGCGCUGGAACUACAGGAGCAAAGAACAUCGCCACACUGUUGAUCUUCCGCUUUCUAGCAGGCGCCUUUGGAUCUUCGCCGUUCACCAAUUCCGGUGGUGUCAUUGCUGAUAUGUUCAUGGCCCGCGAACGAGGCCUGGCUCUGUCUGCCUUUGCAUUGGCGCCCUUCUUGGGUCCUGUCAUCGGGCCCAUUGUUGGAGGAUUCUUGGGCAUGAAGGCUGGUUGGAAGUGGGUGAUGGGCCUGUUGACCAUUCUCUGUGGCGUGAUGUGGUUCUUAGGUGCGGCCUUGAAGCCGGAGACAUACUCGCCCGUUCUGCUUCGCCAACGCGCAAAGACUCUCUCCAAAUUGACCGGAAAGGUGUAUCUGAGUAAGCUCGACAUUGACCAGGGUCGUCCCGUUCCGAAAGAAGCUAUGAAGACUGCCCUCUCGCGUCCGUUCAUCCUCCUCUUCCGUGAGCCAAUUGUGCUCUUGCUCUCGAUCUACCUCGCGAUUAUCUACGGCACACUCUACAUGCUCUUCGGUGCAUUCCCUAUUGUUUACGAAAUUCACCGCGGGUGGAACCAGGGUAUCUCUGCACUAGCCUUCUUGGGCGUUAUGAUCGGCAUGUUGGCGGCUAUUGCGUAUUCCAUUCCCGAAAAUACUCGCUAUGGCAAGCUUUUGGAGAAGAAUGGCGGUUACUCACCCCCAGAGAGCCGUCUGCCCCCCUGCAUGAUCGCUUCUAUUGCCCUCCCUGUUGGACUCUUCUGGUUUGCCUGGACCAAUUCUCCCAAUGUUCACUGGCUCGCAAGCGUUGCCGCUGGCGUUCCAUUCGGCUUCGGCAUGGUCCUUGUGUUCUUGAGUGUCUUCAACUAUCUCAUUGAUGCCUAUACCAUCUUCGCUGCCUCUGUUUUGGCUGCAAAUUCGCUUCUGCGAUCGCUUUUCGGUUUUGCCUUCCCCUUAUUCACGACUUAUAUGUACCAGAACUUGGGCAUUCACUGGGCCUCAUGUGUUCCCGCCUUCCUGGCCCUGGCCUGUGUACCUUUCCCCUUCAUUCUAUACAAGAAGGGUCUUGCCAUUCGCAAAUACUGCAAGUUCUCUGCGCAGUCCGAAGCAUUCGUUCAGAGCCUUCUCCAAGGUGCAGUUCAGAAAGAUAGGACCCCUGAGGAGGACGAGCCGUCUCAGGCUGAUCAGUCGACCAUCGCCGAAGCUGCUACUCGCGUGCCGUCGGCUGAGGAGCAUGGUCCAGCUACGUCGCACGCCCUAGAAAAGGAGAGUGCUGACGAGGUUAUGUCCCUCUCGCACGUUGACACACAUACAUCCCAAAUCCAUCGUGUUCCGACAUACGAUGGCAACCCGUACAACAUCGACCGCAUUCAUACCCGCGAGUCAUUCAAAUAA